AUGACCGAUUUGGGUCUCGCGAAGUACCGCCACCCUGAGCGGUGGGACACCGAGAGUCCUCCCGUCCGUGCUGCCACAAAGCGAACUCAGGGCCAAACCCCAGGGGCGACACAGAGGUCCUCGCAGCCAGAUUCGCUCGAAGGACGAUCAAACGCAGAGCGACGAGCCUCCAGAAUCCACCAGGUCCUUCGGGAACUUGCUGAAAUCUUAAAUGACCUCCAGUCUUUUACUGGCUCUAUUCAGCCUACUGUUUGGGACGCAGUCCUUAUUCUAUCCUCGACUCUGCUAACUGUGGCUUAUUACCUUUACCGGUCCUACAAUUUCCCUUUCAAAUUCGUUAAACUCUUCGAAGAAAUAUCUCCCCGUCAGCUGGUCAACUUGUAUGACAUGAAUGGUGGGUGCGUGCGCGAGAGGAAGAUCAUUCGCGACAUGGCCGAAGGUGACAAUUGA